AGACUAAGAAAAGUGAUGCUGUACAACAAUGUGCAUGAACUUGUCUCCAAUGUCCUCAUUUUCUCCUGCACCAACAUCGUGGGUGUCUGCACCCACUACCCAGCUGAGGUCUCUCAGAGACAGGCCUUCCAGGAAACCCGGGAGUGCAUCCAGGCACGGCUCCACUCACAACGGGAGAACCAGCAACAGGAGCGGCUCCUGCUGUCUGUCCUGCCCCGUCAUGUUGCCAUGGAGAUGAAAGCAGACAUCAAUGCCAAGCAGGAGGAUAUGAUGUUCCAUAAGAUUUACAUCCAGAAACAUGACAACGUGAGCAUCCUGUUUGCUGACAUCGAGGGCUUCACCAGCCUGGCGUCCCAGUGCACUGCCCAGGAGCUAGUCAUGACCCUCAAUGAGCUCUUCGCCCGCUUCGACAAGCUGGCUGCGGAGAAUCACUGUUUACGUAUUAAGAUCCUGGGGGAUUGUUAUUACUGUGUCUCUGGGCUGCCUGAAGCGAGGGCUGACCACGCUCACUGCUGCGUGGAGAUGGGCAUGGACAUGAUUGAGGCCAUCUCGUUGGUCCGGGAGGUGACUGGGGUGAACGUGAACAUGCGCGUGGGAAUUCACAGCGGGCGAGUACACUGCGGUGUCCUUGGUCUCAGGAAGUGGCAGUUCGACGUCUGGUCUAAUGACGUCACGCUGGCCAACCACAUGGAAGCUGGAGGCAAGGCAGGGCGCAUCCACAUCACCAAGGCCACGCUCAACUACCUGAAUGGUGACUAUGAGGUGGAGCCAGGCUGUGGGGGCGAGCGCAACGCCUACCUCAAGGAGCACAGCAUUGAGACCUUCCUCAUCCUGCGCUGCACCCAGAAGCGGAAAGAAGAAAAGGCCAUGAUCGCCAAGAUGAAUCGCCAGAGAACCAACUCCAUUGGGCACAACCCGCCCCACUGGGGGGCUGAGCGUCCCUUCUACAACCACCUAGGGGGCAACCAGGUGUCCAAGGAGAUGAAGCGGAUGGGCUUUGAAGACCCCAAGGACAAGAACGCCCAGGAAAGUGCAAACCCCGAGGAUGAAGUGGACGAAUUUCUGGGCCGUGCCAUUGACGCCAGGAGCAUCGACAGGCUGCGGUCUGAGCAUGUCCGCAAGUUCCUCUUGACCUUCAGGGAGCCUGACUUAGAGAAGAAGUACUCCAAGCAGGUGGAUGACCGAUUCGGUGCCUAUGUGGCAUGUGCCUCGCUUGUCUUCCUCUUCAUCUGCUUUGUCCAGAUCACCAUCGUGCCCCACUCCGUGUUCAUGUUGAGUUUCUACCUGACCUGUUUCCUGCUGCUGACCUUGGUGGUGUUUGUGUCCGUGAUUUAUUCCUGCGUGAAGCUCUUCCCGGCCCCGCUGCAGACCCUUUCCAGGAAGAUCGUGCGGUCCAAGACGAACAGCACCCUGGUCGGAGUGUUCACCAUCACCCUGGUGUUCCUGUCGGCUUUUGUCAACAUGUUCAUGUGUAACUCCAAGGACCUGUUCGGCUGCCUGGCGGACGAGCACAACAUCAGCACCAGCCAGGUCAACGCGUGCCAUGUGGUGGAGUCGGCAGUCAACUACAGCCUGGGUGACGAGCGGGGCUUCUGCAGCAGCCCCCGGCCCAACUGCAACUUCCCCGAGUACUUCACCUACAGCGUGCUGCUCAGCCUGCUGGCCUGCUCCGUGUUCCUGCAGAUCAGCUGCAUUGGGAAGCUGGUGCUCAUGCUGGCCAUUGAGCUCACAUACGUGCUCAUUGUUGAGGUGCCCCGCGUCACGCUCUUUGACAACGCUGACCUGCUGGUCACCGCCAACGCCAUAGACUUCAGCAACAACGGGACCUCCCAGUGCCCUGAGCAUGCGACCAAGGUGGCGCUGAAGGUGGUGACGCCCAUCAUCAUCUCAGUCUUCGUGCUGGCCCUGUACCUGCACGCCCAGCAAGUAGAGUCCACCGCCCGCCUGGACUUCCUCUGGAAACUGCAGGCCACGGAGGAAAAGGAGGAGAUGGAGGAGCUGCAGGCCUACAACCGGCGGCUGCUGCACAACAUCCUGCCCAAGGAUGUGGCCGCCCACUUCCUGGCCCGCGAGCGACGCAAUGAUGAGCUCUACUACCAGUCGUGUGAGUGCGUGGCCGUCAUGUUCGCCUCCAUCGCCAACUUCUCUGAGUUCUACGUGGAGCUGGAGGCCAACAAUGAGGGUGUUGAGUGCCUGCGACUGCUCAAUGAGAUCAUCGCCGACUUUGACGAGAUCAUCAGCGAGGAUCGGUUCAGGCAGCUGGAAAAGAUCAAGACCAUUGGCAGCACCUACAUGGCUGCCUCAGGCCUCAAUGACUCUACAUAUGACAAGGUGGGCAAGACCCACAUCAAAGCCCUGGCUGACUUUGCCAUGAAGCUCAUGGACCAAAUGAAGUACAUCAAUGAGCACUCCUUCAACAACUUCCAGAUGAAGAUCGGGCUCAAUAUUGGCCCCGUGGUGGCUGGGGUGAUCGGGGCUCGCAAGCCUCAGUACGACAUCUGGGGCAAUACGGUGAACGUGGCCAGCCGCAUGGACAGCACCGGUGUGCCUGACCGCAUCCAGGUCACCACAGACAUGUACCAGGUGCUGGCUGCCAACACAUACCAGCUGGAGUGCAGGGGUGUGGUCAAGGUCAAGGGCAAAGGAGAGAUGAUGACCUACUUCCUCAACGGUGGGCCCCCGCUCAGUUAGCAGCUGCCAGCCAGUGAUGCCAGGCAGCCUGGCCUCCAGAGAAACGGAAAUGGCUUCUUUGUAUGCCGGAGGGGGGGCAGGUGGAAGCCUGCGCUCUAGCCCACGUGGCUGCGCCGGUGAGAUUCUCCACUUUGACUCCAGAAGCAGCUUCUGCCUUUGUGGGCAGGCCGCAGCCUCCGUCCCAGGCCCCAGGGUGCCAGCGUCCUGCGAGCACCAAGCUGACCAAAGAUGUUUCCUCCGUAGAAGACUCCGCUAGGCGCGAUCCGAAUCCCGAGUUUUCUAACGGAUGCUGCUGCGCAGGUGGAAAGGAGCUGCUGAGUGCUUACGGUGUGUGGCAGCCGAGUGUGCAACGACAGAGCUGAGGGGGAGGCCUCAGCCUCGGGUGGGUGGGUCGGUCGGCGGCCCAACUCUGGCCCAGGGUAACCCAGCGGCCCCAGGGGUCCACUUCCCUGUGUGAGCCUUUAAACCCCUGACAGAGGCCACGGCCCCUGCCCCAUGGAGGGGCUUGCUGGCAGGAGUGCUGGCUCUGGAGGGACUGCGGCCUUCUCCGCAGCCCUCCUCCUCACCUACACAGGUGGACAACGCCUCUUGGAGGGGAACAGAACAAAUUGUGAGGGGGUGGCGAGAAGACGCGAGGCAAGGAGGGGUGGUUCUGAGAAAAAGAAAAUAUUUAUUAAAUAAAACAACUUUCUGUGCCCUUC